AUGGCAUUUGCCUUCGGGAACGAAAUCUGCCGCCCCGCGUUCGCCAAUCGUACUACGCCCAAACUCUCAUACGGCCUUCGCUUCCCUGAAGCUUGUGCAAAGCAUUGCCAAAACCAUUUCCAUGUCUUGAUUAUGUGCUCAAAGUCACUAUCAACUAAUACUGAUGCAUUGGAACGAUUACGCUCAGCCCUCGGUGACCGAGUCGCUGGUGUGCGUAUCGGCAUCAGCCCGCACACCCCAAUUGCCGAGGUUGUAGACAUCGUCCGAGAAUACAAGGACAAGAAUAUCGACUGCAUCGUGACACUCGGGGCUGGCAGCCUCACUGAUGGAGCCAAGAUUGUGCGCAUGGCGCUGGCCAACGGAGCAAGUACCGAGGAAGACAUCGGGACGCUCUGGGGAACGCAAGACUCCAACCCAGUCCUGCGCCAGCAUAUUCAGAAGCCGGCGAUUCCCCUCAUUCACAUACCCACCUCGCUAUCCGGAGGAGAGUACCAGGCAAUUGCCGGGGGUACAGAGUCCGUGAGCAAGGCAAAACGAACAUUUCGAUGUGAGGGUGCUAAUCCAGAGCUCGUUAUUCAAGACCCUGAGCUCUGUCUCACGACACCUCGGUGGGUGUGGCUCAGCACAGGCAUCCGGGCUGUCGACCACUGUGUCGAGACACUUUGCUCGCUCCAGUCCAAUACGGAGGGCGAUGAGUGGGCUGCCCGGGGCCUACCGAAGCUGAUCAACGGCCUUCUUCUGAGCAAGUCUGACCCUGCCUCGCUGGAUGCUCGUAGACUGUGCCACGAUGGGGUCGUGGAGGCCAUGUGUGCUGUAUCGCAAGGUGUGCCUCUUGGUGGCAGUCAUGCCAUCGGGCACCAGCUUGGGCCUUUGGGAGUGGGACAUGGAGAAACCAGCUGCAUUUUACUCCCGGCCGUUUGCAAGUACAACCUGGCUCACAAGGCCAACGUUGAGCGGCAGGAGUUUGUGAAAGCCCUGCUUCUUCAACAGAGGGUAGUCGACGAGCUACUCAAGACAAAGGGACUCGAUAACAACAAAGUUGACUUGGGAGAUGUGAUCUACAUAGUUGUCGCAGCUCUAGGGAUGCCGCAGUCGCUUGAAGAUGUCGGAAUCAGCCAUAGUAAACUGGAUCUGUUGGCAAGAAAUAGUCUGGAUGAUAUUUGGAUACGGACAAACCCUGUGCCUAUUACCGAGUCUGCUCAAGUGAUGGAUAUUCUUAGGAUGUGCGCUUCGAAGAAGUAA